CCUGCGAUGACGUAAACCCAGCAGCCUCCUCUCGGUCUAUAGGCCUGGGUCCCAGCUUCUGGACUAUAUGUCAUCCGAUUCGUUUAUCGUUUAACCGUUGGAUGGAAAACGAACGACUCUCUGAUCAUCUUCUUUCAACACACAGUCAACGUGGAGUAGACUUCGUGGGGUUUUCUUCUGCCGUUGAAUCACCGGUGAGGCGGUGACGGAGCGGAUAUACGGCUAGCUGAUUUGAUUUUUCCGGCAUGAGAAUGAACACAUUAUCGUAAAAGCAAGCAAUCGAUAAUCAAUCCAGACCAGUGUGAAUGAAUGAGGAGAUAUGCCAUAUAGCGCAGAUCUCAGCACAAGUUCCAGGAAACAGAAAACCUCAAAAGGGUUGAAGGGAAAAGCUUUAUCUUGGCAAGAAGAUAGGGUUAGAGAACCUACAGAAUGUACUAAAAAUGGAAACCCUUUAUAUGUUAGCCAACAUCAUGAGCGAAGACAAAGUGUAGGCGAGGAGCCUAUAUUUCAACAGCAUUCCUUAAUGGAUAACAAGAAACAGUGGCUAGAAAGUAUGGUGUAUAAAAAUGAAGACAUCGUGAAACAUGGUAGGAAUUUGCCUGGCUAUCUCCAGUGUGAGGGGAAAAGCAAAAAUACCCAAGGCAAGACUUUUAAUUUUGGAGUUCUUGAUUGGAGCCGUCUAGAAAAUUGGAAGUCCAACACAAAACGUAUUAUGAAAUCAUCACUUUCUGGCAAUAAUCUAGCACUGGAAAGUGGAUCAGCUAGACUAUCCACAUCUGUAAACAACAGCAUUCCUCAGUUGGAUCAACAAGCAUUAAAUGGUUCCCAACUCCAUUCAUCUUGCAGAGAAAGACCUGCUACAUGUGAGAGACCUAAAGGAAAGGCAAUACAAGUUCAAAGUUCAGAAACUGUUCAUGGGUUGCAAACUUCUUGUUGGAAGGAUCUCUCAUCUGACAGUAAUGGGCAACAAGCAGAACAAUUGAUAACAUCCUCAAGAGAAUCUUCUCCGAAUGAUACAAUGAGGUCUCAUCCUAGUACAAUUAAAAUGCCAUCGGAAGAGAAUAUUGAUCAUGAUGAUGAUCUGCACCUCAGUGGGCACCAAGAUGUAAUGUUUUCUCUUGGAGAUUCUAAUGCAAGUAGCUCUCAUGAACAAUGGCUUUCAGAAUCCAGAGAACCACUUGAUCACGUUUUGACAGAAUUAAACCCUUCUUUUGAAGUUCUACAAUCUUUCCCUUUUCCUCUUGGAACCAAACCUUAUCCAAAGUGCCCGGUUGAGAUAAAGGAUGCUCCAUUGAAAAAUAGAUCUCUUAUAGAGAACAAGUCCGCUGUAGAGCGUUUAAUCACUGAUAAAGAUUGCAAGAAUGUUGAUCAGAAUUCAGGUGAGCAACCUUCUGUAACAGGGAGACAUUCAUCUUUCAGUAGGAGGUUUAACUUUAGCCUUGAGAAAAUGGCCACAAGUUUUAGCUUCAGGACAAGCUCAGCUUUUCCACAGUUAAACUCAACAUAUAAAUCCUUUGGAUCCUCACCUGAUUUGCACGAUUAUAAAUCAAAGAAAGGUAAUGCUUCCAAUAUAGUCAGGUCUAUCUCUAUGCGAUUACUAGACCCGCUACUGAAGCGCAAAGGACCUCAUUCUGCUAAGAAGGUUCAGCAUUCAAACAGAAAUCUAAUUUCAAAUGAGAAAACACCAAUCUACGACAAGCAGCAGAAAUCAUCUAAUGUACACGCUCUUCUACAGCUUACAAUGAAGAAUGGAAUCCCUUUCUUCAAGCUUGUGGUAGAUAGCAGCAGUAACAUUCUAGCUGCAGCUGUGAAUAAAUUACCAUCUGGAAAGGAUGAUUCAAGCUUGACUUACACAUUCCAUUCAGUACAUCAAAUCAAGAAGAAUGGAGGGUGGAAAAACCAAUCUUCAACAGAAAAAAGGUGUGAAUUUGACUACAAUAUUGUUGGAAAGAUGAAGAUCUCUAGUUCGUAUCAUGCUGAAUUCAGUGGACUAGAAAGGGACUUAUUUGUAGUGAGGGAAUCAGUCUUGUAUGGUCCUGAUCCUGCACAAUCAGAUCAGAUAACACCUGAUUGCAUGCUAAAUGCAGAGCUUGCUACUAUUAUUGUUAAGAAUACAAGUAGCGAAAACUAUGGAGGUAUAGGGAGCUCAAAAAGCACGGUGGUCAUUCUUCCUGGCGGCAUUCAUAGCUUGCCAAACAGUGGAAAACCUUCGCCAUUGAUCAACCGAUGGAGAUCUGGUGGAGCUUGUGAUUGUGGAGGUUGGGACAUUGGUUGUGAAUUACGCGUUCUUACCACCCAGAAUGAAUCAAUUAAAAUUCCAUAUCCCUCUAGCUUAGAUCGGCUUGAUCUUUGUUAUGAGGGAAUGCACAACAACAAACAUGCAUUGAGCUUGGCUCCACUUGAGAAUGGCCUUUAUUCACUUGAAUACAAUGCGUCAAUAUCACUAUUGCAGGCAUUCUCCAUUUGUGUGGCAGUUGUAAGUUGCCAGAAUUUAACUCAUAUUUUUCAAGUGAAUCAUCUUCAAGAUGCAAAUGACUUCUCUAAACCUAUAAUGACAAGGUAUGAGAAAGUCGAAAAUCGAACUAUUGUACAUGCUAAAAUCCCACCCGACUCCCCCAUCGGGAGGGUAUAGUA